CAAUGUUGUCGCCCAUAUUGUCCGCGAAAUAUUUUAAGUCAGCGACAGUAGCAACUCUUUGGCCAGCGAAAUUUGUCGCCUUUUUACGUUGAUUGUGAUUGAUGUGAACAGAAAGUCCUUUCAUGGUUUGUAUGUAGAAGAACGAUGACUGAGGACGGUCCACGUCGGUCAAGAGGAAUAACUUUGCAGUGCGGUCUGGCUCGCGAGACCUACGGUUUUGAAGGGAAAGAUCUUAACGCUCUGAAGGAACUGGCAUGUUCGUUCCUCGACCAAAAGGUACAAAUCGCUAACAUGUACUUAGACCAGGUGCUCUCGGUGCCGUGAAAUUGUCACUGAUUUGAAAAUCUCAAUCUUAUCUUCGUGGUUGGGGUCUCUCGUGGUGUGAGUCUGUCAUUUGGAAACGACAAUUUGACUGACGAUUUGAUCUGAUCAAUCGGCGUUGCAUGUUUUUCAAACGUUAUUUUUCAUUGAGCUUAUCUAACCGCCGUUCUUUAUAUUCAACACCAUCCCUUUAAAAUUCCCCUGACCGCGAGGGUUAUAUUUUUUGUUUUAGUUUAUUUAACGGAUUGUAUAGGCAUAAGCUUUAAAUGACAGCUCGUGUAGGCCACUCUCAGUAAAUCAUUUUGUAUUUAUUUGUUAUCAUCUUAAGGUUGUAUGCUACACAAUCUUUACCCUACUUCGCGGGCAAGAUAUCUCAACUCAACCAAACCAGUUCGUGUGGCUGCGAAAGAAGCAACAGGCGGCUAUAACAUACAAACAAUGUCAUAUAUAUAUUUUCAGUUCAUUCAACUAAGGGUACCCAAGCAAGACUUGAGCUUACCAUAUUGGCAACCAAUUUUGCCCGGCAAAUUUUUUUUCGAAAACGUGUCCCUUAACGAAGAAGAAUGGAUCUAGAAAUAUAAUUUACGUCGCUGUCAAGAGUACAAAAUCUGCCAUUUAAAAACCCAUAUUGUAUAUUAAAUGUGAGGUGAUUGAUCUACAAUCGAGGCAUUAGUUUCGAAUGUUGUCAAGAUCUUAGAUCGUAACGACGCCCAAGCAAGUAUCAGUUGUAAAAUUGCGUUUGAAUAUGUAGUUUAUUGCCGAUUUUUCAUGUACAUUCCACAGAAGUCGUAUUAUUGAUAUUGUCCGACGUUUUUUGCUGGGGAAAAAUUUGGAAAUGCAGAAGAAAGAUAAAAAAUCGAGCAUCGAGGCAGAUAUUGCUUUUCGUACUAAUUCGAACUUCCUGUUGUAAGAAGGGGCCAUUCGGGUGAAUAUAGAUUAGAACAAACCUACUGCAUACUGUUCGAAAAAUAUUUUCUUAUUUUCUAAUGGAUUCGAUGCUUAAGGCUAUUAUAAUAAACUCGGGUUAUACAUUUGUGUUCUCCUAAAAAAUGUACAGCGAACGAGUUUUGCUUACUUACUUGUAGCUUCAACUUUAAAAUGAUGACAUGUGCCUUGUGAAUGAAGCGUCAUGCAUAUAAAACACGCGAUAACGAAAAUUAGCUUGCAGCAUGUUAAGAAUGCAUAUUUUAGCCUCAUCUUAAAAAAAUAUUGACCAAUUUAUUUGAAUUAUCAGUGAUUAUUUUUUUUAUCUUAAUUUCUCGCUUACAGUAAUGUUCCAAAAGUAAUGUUUAAGGGGCAAAGAAGUAAACCAGAUGCUAAAAUGAUGAUCAAAAUUAGUUAAUUUGCGUGAUGGUUUAGUGAAAAUUAAAGUUUUCACUUUCUCAAAACAGCUGUUUAAAUUGAAUUUGUUAAAUGGUUAUUAAGAAGAGCUAUAUAGUUUAUUUGUAAAAUUUAACAAUUUGUGUUUUUUCCUAUUUGUCCAUUGCAUUGCUACCCACAGUUCUGCCAAAUCUGUAGUCAACAUGUUUGAUAACAGACAAAUAAAAUAUUAAUAAGUGGCUAGUAUUGUAGUCUAUGCUUAUCAUUUAAGUUAUAAGAAAAUACCAGAUGAUGCUGGAUAUAAGAUGUCUGUAAAAUGUUUUCUUUAAUUCACUUGGUACAAUGUAUCUUAGGCUGUUCCCAGAGAAAAUGACUUUGGCCAGUGUCCCGCUGAUGCUUCAUAAAGCUUGAUGACAGGUUUUUUUGGGCAUCAGCUUACAUUUAUAUUAGAAACCAUUAAAACACAGAUAAUGUUAUAGCAUGAUUUGUUGCUGUCUUGAGCAACAAAUUUCUGAGCUGCAUUUUUAACAACGAGUUCUGAGCAGUUGUUUGCAACAUAAGUGAUAGACCUACGUUGGGUAUUUUCCUGCAAAAUUAGUUCAUGCUCCUGACAUCAAGCAUUAUGCCUCCUGGCAUAUAUUACCCAUGAUACAGAGCUCUUAAGUCUCACUCAUUAAACAUUAAACUCAUGCAAACCAAUCCAAUCUUACACUCUCACGCUGAUUCAGCCAAAUGUUUAUUUCUCAUGUAUUUGAGGUCUCUGAAUUGAGAAGUUGAUUUUUGGUUAGAAGAUUGCUGCUUUAGUUGGGUAGGUAAAUAAUUUUCAGUCUUCCAGGCUAUAAUAAUUAUUUUACUCCUUGUUUUCUGUUUCACACCAAUCAGUCAGUUUUAUAUUGUACAUGCUCCUGCUCUUAGUGACAGCAUGUACAUGUACAGCAAAAAGGUUUGGUGUGAUAACAUGUUAAUAUCAUUUCUGGAUAAUUCAAACUGUUACAAAAGUGUUGAUAUUUGUUGUCUUAUAGUAAAACCUGAGAUCUAAAUACUUUCUUGAAGGCAGCACAUUUCCACUCAGAAUAAAGGAAAACACGUAUUAGCUAUUUCAGUCCUCCGAAAUUUUCUGAGGAUGCGUGCCCCUCAGACCCCCAAGGAUGGUGACGACUGCAAAAAAACUCACUCUUUGCCAACAAAUUAACCCUUUAAACCCUAACAUCAAAAUUCAAAUUCUCAUUGGUUAUCCCUAUACGUUUUCAAUAGAAGUAGUGGGGAGAAUUUGUUGAAGUAUCAAUUAGAUUCAUCUUGUGUGAUCAUGUCCGUAAUUCUCAUGACCACUCUGUUUUACAAAGCAUUGAUAUUACAAGGAGAAAUUUGAUGCUGAUCACUCUUAGGGCUUAAAGGGUUAACGUGAGAGCUCUGCAUGAUACCAGGGCAUUAUGCUGAAAAUUAUGCUUGGCUGGAGACUGUCAUUAAUGAUUUAAUGCCUGUUAUUAUGCUGGAACAAAACGACACCCUUCCACCUCGCCCUCUGCUGAUAGGUUUUUUUUACAAUGCUUUUGGUUCCCAACUGAUGCUUCAUUUUUUCCGCUAUAAUGUUCAGUAUUGCUUAUCAUAUACAUGUACAGAGGCUUUUUUAAUGUUCAUUCUAAACAACAAAGUAUCCGAGUUAAUGUUUUUCAUAGACCAAAAGAUAAUGGUCUAAACAGCUUUAUAAGGGUGACAUUUGAGUUUUGUUUUAGAUUUUGACAUUAAGUGCUCAUUUUCUCAUCAAAAAAUGUUUUCAAAUUCAUUUCCUCUCAAAAAAAACAAAAAAACAAUCUUUUUGGAAAAAUUCCACUCAAAAUAAAUGCUGGAAUAAUGCAUGAUUCUAUGGUUCACUAAAAUGCUCGAAGAAUUGCGAGCAUAAUGUGCAAAAGCCUAUCCUGUGUCCUACACAAUCUUUCACUUACUUUCCAAAGAAAAUGUCUGGGAAGCCUAGCCAUUGAGAUAACUGUGCCAUGUAUUUGUCGCCAAAAUGUAUUGCACACAAGUGACUAAAGAUCUUCAAAGGUAUUCAGUUCCUAAAAUGUCUGUGCUUUUAUUAACAUUGUACAUUCUCGCUGGUAUUGGCUGAAACAAGUUAUUGAGUUAUUGACUCCUUUUCCAUGAAUUUAACUAUUAUUUGGGAUGAAGAAUAUUUAACUAUUAUUCUUUAAAAUCAAGGUGAAUAGUGGCAGAAUAUUUAGUAACCUUUGAAGCGGUAAGGUAAAUAUUACUAAGGCCACCAUUCUAUUUUUUGUUGUUUCUCGCAAAUGCUGUCAAUGAUGGCUAUGAUUGAGGAGAGCGUUGUUUAUCUGUAGUGUUUUUUUGCAUUGUUUACUUGCUGGCAUGUACAAUUUUGGAAAAAAUAUUAGCUAGCUUUCCUUGUUUUCUUCAUAAAUUAACUUCCCUUUCUAGGCAAAAUUCGUCUUGCAAGGAAAUCCUGAGUUCACAAAAUGGUGACUUAAAUAUUAUUAAUGUCCUCGCUCUUCUGUUUAGCGAUAAAAGUUGUUUCGAGCGUGUAAAAAGUCAGCUAUAGUGAAUCACUGCGCAAUAAAUCACCCUCUUUAAACACCAUGAAGUUUUUUCUUACCUUCAAAAACAUCAGCACUAGGAUGUCAUUGUAUGUUCAAAAACUUCUACCUCUGAAACUUUGGCAAAACCCCCAGUCAGAAUGCUUGAAUCACCGAGAUCACUGAUGUUUGUUAUAUCGAGGUUCUACUGUACAUGGGUUUCAGCUCUGCAAUACAACAUAUGAUUAUGCUAAGCAGUUAAGAGUUUUUUGCCAACAUGAUGUGUUAUUCCUAAUGCCCCAGGCAUGAAAAAUUGUUGGUAAUUCUUACAAUGUGUGUCGCAGGGCAAAUCAUUCCUACCAUUGCUUUGAAGCCACAUCCUUGAAGGUUCGUUUGCUAACAAAGUCUUUUUUUGGCUCUUGGUGGCGACGAGACAAACCUAUUGUUAGAUCUAAGGUGGUGUGUAGACUUUGACUUGAAAUUUAUCAGGUCUGAGAAGUAUUUUGAUCAUAUUGUGUAGAUGACUUUGAAAUUAGCAAAACAAUGAUGAUCUUGAAUUAAAAUACAAUCCUAAACCUAACCAGUAGCCAAUGUUAAUUAAACAACUGUCAGUGGCAUCAUGAUGAAGAUUAUGUAGGCAUAAUCCAGUAUAUCCGAAAAUCAUUGCAAAAUAAUACAAAUGUAAUGACUGUAAGUUGUGACCUAUGAUGAAUUUGCAGUGAUUUGUUUGACAUAAAGGAGACAUUUACCAGGUGGUAAAUGCAGUUAAUUCCUUCUGAGCAUCAGAUUUUAUGUGUAGUUUCAUGUGACUUUUGAUGACCGUUGUUGUAAACAAACCUGUUCUCUCUCACAUACUGUACUUGUACGAACUACAAGUCACUAUUUCAAGUUCACAUUAACUUAUAUAUUUUCCUUCCCUUUCACUGUUUGAAAAUUGAAUUGAAAUCUGACCCUCAGAAGGUGAAUUGAGCAGAACAUUUGAGGGGGGUACAUGUAGGCUAAAUAAAACUGCCCAACAUUUUAAAGCUUGAUUGUAUUUUGUAGUUGCGUGAUUCAUUCUAUGAAAGAACUCUAUUAUUUUAGCUACAUAUAUAAACAAAAGCUUUUCAUGGCUGGAAGUAUCUUAAUCUAUUGUAUGCCGGUCUACAAAUAAAUCUUAGCAUUGCUUGGAUUGGUCUGAAUAACCAGUUAUGUAAGAACCUGUUAAUUCUUACUUAGGAAAAUGCAAGUUGUGGGUAAUUACUGUUUUAAAUACAGAAAAAACUCAUAAAAUUUUUACAGUGGGUCAUUCUCAAUAUUUUAAUAAGUAUUUUUUGGUUUGAUUUCAUUCCAGUUCCCGGACCACUCAUGUAUUGGCAUAGCUGAUAAAGUCAUACUUUUUGUACAUAACUACUCCUCAACAAACAUCUUGGAAAAGUUAACAAGUGUGGAGCAACUCAAUGAAGCAUCUGUUAUUGAAGUGGUUGUUUCAGGUAUGUUCAGAUAUUAUGUUCAUGAAAGCCCCAUUAACCCUUUAAGCUCCAGUAUCCACAUACAAAUUCUCCAAACUGAUCUCUAUACACUUCCUUAAAGAAUGAGUUGAGAGAAUUUGAUAAAAGAUCAAAGAAUUUUCUCUUAGCUGAUCAUUUAAUUAAUUCUCAUAACCUCAUCUCAUGAUAAUGUAUGGAUAUUGUUAGGAGAAAAUUGCUGUUGGUCACUACUGGGAUUUAAAGGGUUAACACAUUCAGUACACAAGAAUGUACAUGAUUGUAUAGAGUGGUUUUCGUUUGAGUGUCGUAAAACCAAAACCAAAGUAAUUACUCUGGCCAAUCACAUAGGACACAGACAAUACAUUGAACCAAUCAAAACUCGAAGUAAUUACAUGUGGCUGACGCAAAGCGCGGGAAAAUGCAUGCGAGCGCGUCACAAUUGGCUUUGGUUUUACUUCUGAUUGGAUGAAAAGGUGGCGCGAAUCUUUUAAGCCAAUCGCAUCGUGUAGAAAGUGCAAAACCAAUUACUUUUCGACACUCAAAUGAAAACCGCUCUAUGUUUGAUUUGAUUUCUAAUUUGCUUGUAUGUUGGAUGUCAAGAAAAUUUUGAAUGUUAGUAAUAUAUCAAAUACUGUCAUGACCAAAAUUGUUUCAAUACCAACUUAAGAGUCAAUUGGCUGGAAUACCACAUGAGUCAUGGUAGCAGAAGAUCAAACAAGAAAUCCAUAUUGUGGGUUCCUGUGGGAUAUGAUCCUGAUCAGGAUCAGUGAUCCAAGACCACUCGGACCAUGGUACAUCAAUGAAGCAAUGAAUCCUUUUCCAGGGUGGAUUUAUCCAGGCCAUCUGAUAGGGUGCGAUAAAAAAUCAGAAAUUGUGCGAUAUUUUCUGGGUAGAUUAUGCGAUAAGAUAGGACUAUUAUGUGAUAAAUUAUGCAAUUUUUUCAGGGCUAAUUUACAUUGUUUUACCAGGAUUCAAAUGAGAAAAACCACUUUAAUGUUGUUUAACGGACAAUUUGAAUGUAAAGGAAUAAUAAAACAUCUAUUUUAAAACAAAAUAGUUAAAUUUGUCCGAUUAUUUUGAUCUGGAAAAGAAAAAGGACACUUGCUUAACAUUACGUAACGUUGUUACACCGCUGACCACACUGCUUGUCUCUGAGAUCAAAAUGGCUGCCCAGAUACCGCGAUCGAAGGUUUCAGAUGUCUUGGAAGGCUUUCUUUAGUGGUAAAUCACCUUAAAUAACAUUAAGAUUGGGAAAAUGUUUAAUUAAAGUUAGAAUUCAUUUUUUACGAAUUAUGCGAUUUCCUCAAAUUAUGCGAUCGGAUGCGAUUUGAGGUCAAUUGUGCGAAAUCGCACCAUUGCGUAAUAUCAGAUGGCCUGUUUAUCAGUUCCUUUCAAAUUGAUGUGCUGUGAGAUCCAAGUAAUCUUGGGUCACUGAUCCUGAUCUGGAUCAUCCCAAUGGAAUGCAACCAGAGAUUUGAAACUAAGCUGAGUUCUAGCCGGAGGGAGAGGGGGAGAGGAAGGCUAUUUGGGGUCAAUCUUUGCUGGUUAUGCACUGCUGGCUUCUCAGAAUCUCUACCCCAGUAUUGUCUAUUGUGUGGCCAGUUAUACACCCCAUCUUAGUCACCUUUAGGCAGAUGUAAUUUAGUUUGCCAGCAAGUCUAUUUAUGCAUCUGCCUUAUAAAGCCUAGUACACUGUACAUAUAGGUCAGUCAUCAAAAAAAAUUAAUGAAUUCAAACAUUUUUUCAAAUUCCUACAUUGUAGAUUUAAAAAAAUUUUCUUAACCCCAAAAUCGGGAAAGUGUGAUACCCAUUCUAGUAACUUUUGUGAAAGUGUAACCCCAUUAUAGUCAAUCCACUCAUGAAAAUGCGAUCCCAGCCCAUCCAGCAGCACAUCCCUAUGAACCUGUUACAGCUGUACUGGGAAGUUCCCUCCCUGAGGCUUAGUUUCAGAGGAAAAAUGCAGGUGUCAGAUACAUUGUAGAGAGGCAGUAGCAUGUACCUCUCCAGUGGCAGCCCUAACACCUGCCUCUGGUGUCAAAGGGUCUGUGCCUCAUGCAUUAGACUGUUUAGCCACCAGCGGGCUUGUGGGAUGGUUCCCUCCUUCCUUCGACCCUUGCGUGAAAGGCAUCAGCCAUCAAUACAAAAAGUUUGGUGCAUGAAUCUUCACAUAACAGCUGUGACAUUUUCUGACAUGGCCGUUAUGUCACUUAAAUGUGUAGUCGCGCUGUUUCAAACUCAAUCGCGCAUAUUUCAUCUCUUUCAAUAAAUUAUUCAUCAAAUGUUGGCAUUUUUUCAGGAGCUGAAUUCUAACAGGCUGUAUUGAAGUUCAGGAAAAGAAAAAGAAAGUCGUUGUUGUGUGUUCACGUCCUCCACAAAACGUGAAAUUAGGCAUUUUCAGGUCGUAGUCGUACAGUGACGGCAAAGAAAUGUACAAAAAAGCGUGAUGCACGGGCAGAGUUGUUGUUUUGCCAAUUUAAACCUAUUGCAUUUUUGCUGUUCUCGUUGACGUCGCCGUCGUCGUUGCUUAAGCUCCCUUAUGUUAAUAAUUAUCGUGACAGAAGUAUUACUUCAAGUAUUAUGUUAGAGCAAUUUUCGUAUGACCUUGAAAUGAAAACGCGCGAACAAAACAAAAACAACAAACGAACGGAAAUGAAGCGAUUUGAUUGGUUUAUCGAACGGACACAAUCGCACCUGGCUUUUGGUUGGUUAAGCGAACGCUCGGCUGAAAAAACUUCAUGCCCGAAGAACCUUCUAGAAAUCAACCGAUACUUCGCUUUGACGUCAUACUGCAACACUAAUGGCCAAUCGAACAGUGCCUUCUCCAUAUUAGGUUUUUCUUCGGUAGGAAAACGAAGAAUCCAUGUUUUGUUCUUUUCAUCCAUGGGCUGAUAAAACAAAUAACAAACGCUUACGGAAACCAUUUUUCAAGGUCAUACGAAAAUCACUCUAAUGGUUACCCUCUGUGUUCCCACAGCCCCCUUUCAGUCAGCUACUCCUUGCUUAUCUCUUGUUGAUAGUUUUAAUAGGGCACAAUGUGAUUUAUUGUUAUUCUCUGUUGAUAAUUUUUCAAUGCCACUUGUUUUGUAGCAAAAGUUCCCGAGGAUGAGACAAUCAUUCGACCACACCUUCUGACGGUCCACUCCUACAGAUCUCCUACAUUUUGUGACUUUUGUGGUCAGAUGCUUUUUGGCCUUGUAAAACAGGGACUCAAAUGUGAAGGUAUGAAGGCUACGGUCAAAGUGAUUAGACACCUCAGGAUCAGGGUUUGGCCAUCUUACAGCAAACGGUAAACCGCGGUUUGCGAUGAGUGGUUUCACGUUGCCCGUCUGCCCCAGCCCAUUAUUUGGGACUUAAGAUUCAACAGGAGGAACCUAUGGACAAACUUGAAGAUUGAAACGGAUUAUAAUCGUGGUUUUUUGAUAACUUGUUAGCCUAACACUUUUUCAAAGUUCAGUUAUCUUGUUUGUGACGUUUGGUAUAAUGCUACGGAGACAUUAUUUGUGUGACACGAAGCAGUAAAUUUGCCAUUCACAAGUAAUUUCCCAAGUUAUAUAGCCAAAAAGGCCGCGUAACUGGAAUUAUAAAAAAAAUGAGCAAGACAGUCAGGAUACGGCCACUUUAAAGUCUUUGUUGUCAAAACUAAGUGCCUUCUCCAGUUUUUUAUUUUCAUAAUCUGUGCAGUCAACGACGUAUGACUUCUGCCUUCGUUACAGGAUGUGGCGGUAAUUAUCACAAGAAAUGUGCAUACAAAAUACCCAAUAACUGUUCAGACUCAAGACAUCGCACCAGCUCAUCCAUAGUAAGUAGUCCUUCGAAUGCAAACACCCUUCCGAGGCCGUCAUCACAGGUUGUUGACCCUGUUUUACUUCAGCAAUCUAACUCGCUAAAUGACAGCAUGCCAUCAUUGAAAGAAAGAAGAGCUACAUGGAGUGGGCGAUCGGUUUGGAUUGAGCCAGCGCUCUCAGGAAGAAUUCAAGUGCCACACACGUUUGCUAUUCAUUCAUACAAGAGGCCAACGAACUGUCAGAUAUGCAAGAGACUGGUCAGUGAUGUCUCCUGUUCAGUUUUAUUCAGGGAUAAUUUUAUCACUAACUUGGGGAACUGCCUUCUUUCAUAGGAAACAAAAGAGGAAUAGGAUAAAAUUAGAACUUCCUAGAGCUCUGUUCAGUUCUCCUGCUACUAACUGCGUAUACCCAGCAAAUUGAAAUCUUUGUGAAAGCCAUGUAGUUCCUCUUCGUUAUAGGCAAAUUCUUGAUCACAAAGUUUUCCCCUUUCCUAAUUGCAACUACAUAUCAUUUUGUAAAGUUACAAAAAGGUCAAGUUCUGAAUUUCUAAAGAGCAAAGCAUUGCCCCGCCAUGAAAAUUUCAUCAGUUUAUGCCUAAUUAAUUCUUAGUAAUAUGUGAUGUUAAAGCUCAAAUUUUGAACUAAGAAUGUACAGGUUGUAUGGAGUUUUAGACACGUUGCGUCUCAAAAACUUGUUAGUUGUCUGAUGGCUUCAAGGUACGGUAAAACGGGCAGCAAAAAACGAACAAAAAAGAAAAAAACUUUGCAACCUUAUUUGUUGCAAAGCGGGUUCGAAAUUUUUUGCUAGAACGCGCUACAUCGCUCUUCAACUCGUUUUGCAGCAAAGUUUUAAAACAAGUUGCACGUUUUUUGUUGCCCGCUUUUGCUGUAGCUUACUUAAACAAAUGGUGCUCGGAAUGUAAGUACAGUUACUUGAUCUUCUCAAGGGAAAUGCGGUCAAUUUUCUUUUUGCAGUUGAGAGGUUUGUUUCGUCAGGGACUUCAGUGCAAAGGUAAAGAAUUUUAUUGUGAAUUAGCACGGAGCAACUUAGGUUCGCCAGUUCUUGGCAGCGACGCCACAACAGCAGGUGGCGCCAAUUACUGCGGGCCCGUAACAGUCCCUCUUCCCAUAAGAGAUAGAUCACCACACGGGGGAGUACGUCUGCCUCUCUACGAACAGCGUGUGGGUUCUUUAAUGUCCUUCAGAGUUUUUACGUGCAGGGGUUGUGAGACGUGAACUACGGUUUAUCGUCCUUAUCCGAGAAGACUAGAAAGUCUAACCGUUUGCAGAUGUCUCUUCAAAGGCAACACUUUCUCCCCAGUUAUUUUAAAGACCCUGCGUGUUGGUUCGUCCGGGGUUUGAACUAGCGGUCUCCCGCCCGGCAGACCGGUGCUUAUCCGUUAACCGGGCGGCGGUUCCGUACCAGCCGUUUUGUUUCCCUUUCAACGUGUAAACGCUCGUUUUCUUCAGUGGCGGAUUCAGACCUGUAAGUUAGUGGGGUGUAGUUUAUUCAGUCACUAAGAUAAGAGGGGGAGCUGGCCUCGAAAAUAUUUUUCUCAGCCGUACAGGCCUCAGUUUGGCCUAAAAAUAAUGUUGGGGCCCGGGUUCCCCGGGAUCCUCUCCGAGAUCCGCCACUGCCCUUUUUGUACCGAUCUACAACAUUUUUUCGUCACCGGUCGCAAAAAAAUAAAAGAAAGGAAGAAACAAGGAAAACUCAGGGCUUUUAAGUCCCGUGCCCCUUUACCCGUAAGUGCGUUACAAAACCUGUUGGUGUAAACAAUCAGAUUUUAUCUGGAAUCGUCAUUUGCUUCUUCCGGUGCCGUUCCGUCAUUUUUAACGAAUGAACGGGCCUUGAAUAUGCUCAUGUUAGUGAGUGACUAAUUUCCUUUUUUGCAGAUUGUAAGUUCAAUUGUCAUCGGAGAUGUGCCGAGAAGGCGCCAAAGAACUGCCGAGGUGAAGUGGCAAUGAUAGAUACAGGUGACUUGAAAAUACAAUGGGAUUUUUGGAAACCUAAAGAGCGUCAUUGCCCGAAGUUAAUCCUAUGUUAUAUGCACCAUCAGUAUACCCUUCAGCUGGUGAAUGUUUUUUUUUCCUUUUUUUUCUUAUUGACCAGACACAGCGAGUUAUCAGUUACAUUCAUUUUUUCCUUUAUUUUCACUUGUAAUGUCAUAAAACCAGUUUUGUAUGGCGUUUAUAUAAUUGGUUUUAUCUUUGAUUCUUAGCCUCGCUAUAUUCAACUGAUUCGAGCACCAUUUCAGAAAGUUUCUCUGAAAUGGAUCUGUCCCAUGAUAUGACCUACGGGGAGCAUGAUGGGUCAGAAUGUGAAGUAGAGUCGGCGAGCCGAAGUAGCCAGGAGGAAAUCUGCGAGCCUCCAAGUCCUUCGUCGCCGGACAGCGAUCAGCAACAGCUGACUCCGACGAUGAGCAAUAAUAUUCCUCUUCAGCGGAUUGUUGUAUCGGUAAAACACACCAAGAGGAAAGGAUCCAAAGUUCUUAAACAGGGUUGGAUGGUGCACUUCACUAACAAGGAUAUGCAGGUGAGCACAUAGCCUUCCAAGUUUAAGUAAGGCAGCGUGGCCGACCGGUAAGAGUGCUGGAAUUGUAAUUCGAGGGCCCCGAGUUUCAUCCCCGUCCUAACCGCUGGCUGGAUUUGUUCACGGUAGUCCCGAGUUCAACUCUUCCAAGCUUAAGUAAGGCGGCGUGGCCGACCGGUAAGAGCGCUGGAAUUGUAAUCCGAGGGCCCCGAGUUUCAUCCCCGUCCUAACCGCUGGCUGGAUUUGUUUCCGUUGGUCCCGAGUUCAACUUCACGGUCACGAUUGUAAGACAACUGGUUUGUCUUUAACCGGGCUGUUGGGAUUCUUAAACUUGUUAUGGUUUAUCCUCAAAUGUUUGUUUCUGGCCUAAUUUGUGGGCCACCUAUUGUGUUACCCCAAUAAAGUCAAUUUUUUUAGGCCUUUGUCACGCGUUCGUAGGGAAGGAACAUGUAACUAAGCCUAGCCGGCAAGCAGCCUGCCUCAGGGGCUCUGUGGGAGGGGGAAAUGAAAGCUUUCUCCCUCUUUCGCCCCCAGACCCCCCUAAGAGAGCUUGCUCGCAGGCUAGACGAAACCCUAAGAACGCCUGCAUGGUUGUCAAAAAUUCUCAACCUCCGAAAAUGCAUUUAUUAGGCGAACUCCGUCCGGCUAACAGCCUGAAUCCUGCACAAAUUAUUAAAAAGGAAGUUUUGUAAAAUUAAAUACAAUUUGCCGAAAGCCAAGGUCGAGAAUUUAAUAAGACAAUUAAUUUAUUCCUUGCGCCUUUAUUGGAUGCGAUAUUGGUUCUAUUCAAUAUCCAGCGCCGGCUUAUAAAGAAAAUGUUAUUUUUACUCAUUCCGCUUGUUUUUCUUUUUUCUUCAGAGAAGAAGGCAUUACUGGAGACUAGACACGAAGUGUUUGACGCUGUUCAAGGACUCGACAAGUAGCAGAUAUUACAAGGUAACUUAGCUAUGGAGGUUCAAUGGUUCUUGCCAUGAUGCGAAAGUUGUCAAAGACGAGAUGCAGUGCCGCCGGCUUGAGCUGAAGGGUCGGACACCGGUCGUUUCGAUACAAGUCAUUUCAAUGCAAGCUUGCGAAAAAAUUUUAACCACUUUUAGUAUAGUUUUAAGUGUAGUUUGUUUUAAGUGUAGUAGCGUAAAUACACUGUAGCCUCGAAAUAAACUUAUAGAGACGAAAAAAGGAUGAAGAACUAACCUAGCCAAGUUAUCCCCCAAAAGAAAAACGAAGUCAUCCCGCAAAAGAAAAUAUAUUCUUAGUGUAAUAGGUUUUUUGUAGUUUUGCAGAAUUUUCAUGUUCUUUUUUCGCUUCUACAGGAGAUACAGCUGUCAGAAAUUCUUUCAGUUGAUUCGAACAUCGACCCCCUAGCAACGGAUGCCACUCGAGCUCCACACUGUUUUGAGAUGAAAACACGUGACAUGGUCUACUACGUAGGGCAAGUCGAGGACGAGAACGAAACACCAGACCCAGAUAGUGGCAUAGGAACAGUAGCGGGGCAAGCCUGGGCCCAUGUAACGCGGUCUGCUCUGAUGCCAGGUUGCGUGACACCGACAACAAGCAGUGCCCCAGGAUCAACAGCUGGUAAUUAAACAUUAGCCUGUGUAGCANGAAAUAAACUUAUAGAGACGAAAAAAGGAUGAAGAACUAACCUAGCCAAGUUAUCCCCCAAAAGAAAAACGAAGUCAUCCCGCAAAAGAAAAUAUAUUCUUAGUGUAAUAGGUUUUUUGUAGUUUUGCAGAAUUUUCAUGUUCUUUUUUCGCUUCUACAGGAGAUACAGCUGUCAGAAAUUCUUUCAGUUGAUUCGAACAUCGACCCCCUAGCAACGGAUGCCACUCGAGCUCCACACUGUUUUGAAAUGAAAACACGUGACAUGGUCUACUACGUAGGGCAAGUCGAGGACGAGAACGAAACACCAGACCCUGAUAGUGGCAUAGGAACAGUAGCGGGGCAAGCCUGGGCCCAUGUAACGCGGUCUGCUCUGAUGCCAGGUUGCGUGACACCGACAACAAGCAGUGCCCCAGGAUCAACAGCUGGUAAUUAAACAUUAGCCUGUGUAGCAGGCGUUUCCUCGCGAGUUCGUCGAGAAAGUUGCUCCCUUAAUUAAAAUAUGAAACGUUUUUAGUAUGACAGCCAUGACGCAGUCCCUUUAAGUUCACCAGCCAGCACUUUUACAGAAGUUUUUGUUAAGUUUAGCGAGAGGUAAAGCCUAUGCUUUUCUAAACAGCCAUGGGUGUCUAGAAAGAGCUACAGUGAUUGUCGACCAUUUAAACUGAGCGUAUAAUAUUUCACCAUUUUCAAAAACUUAGAGAUUGUUCAUCUAGCCUUUUUGUCAUUUAAUGGUAUUGUGAGACAGUUAGGUUAUUCCCCACAGACCGCCUAAGUUAAAACCUUUUUGCGUAGCACACCAAAAAAGCCACAGAAUUUCCUCUGAACAGUUUUCGUUUGAAUUAUGAGAUAACCCUGGGAACAAGGGUGUCACCCAGGGGUAGGGGAUACAAAGUGUCCGUAGCGAACCUCUCAUUUUGUUUCUCCUAAAACUCAACAACAAGUUGCCAAAGUGUUGUUUAUUAAUUUUCUUGUUAGCUGUCAAUAACACAGAUGUUGAGAUGGAAGUUACACAAGAAGAAGAGAGACCUAAAGAUUCACACACGGUAAGUACACUUUACUUACGUGAUAAAAUAACUUAACUCACAUUGUUGAUUAACCACAAUCAGAUUCACUUAGCAAGGUAACUCUUGUCACGUGAUAAGGUAACUGUACUAUCGAGGUAAAUUAGGUGGUCGGUGAAAAAUCAAACCGAGCCCACUUUCUUUCAAAAGACAUAAUAGGUGUCUAUUCCCACGAAGACCUCGAUGAGUAUUGUGCUUUUAAUUAAAUUACUCGAACCCUAACCAGCUCGGUCCAACCAAUCGGUUUCUCUUGGUAACACUAUCUGUAUUGCUCGAACAGAAGAAGAGAAGAAUUGGGGUGAGAUGGAAGAAGAGCGCGUCUCGUUCUUGUCUUGUUUGUUUGUUUUUUGCCUGUUCGUUUAGCUAGCGUCCAGAGAAAAGAAGCUCAAAACAAUAUUCCUGUUAGCCUGGGAACAGGCUGCCAAGUGGAGCGGGGCGAAAAAGAGCGUAGCCUGGAGGAGAAAAAAGGCACCUUUUUUUCUCCCCCAGGCUACGCUCUUUUUUCCCCGCUCGACUGAAGUACCCAUUUUUCACUCAAGUUUAUCCUGCAGUUUUUUUUGCCAUCAGUAUUGUUUGGGACGUUUUGAAACCAGUUAAACAUUGCAUUUUUGGUCUUUUAGGAUAUUAGUCACCUGUAUCAAGUAUUCCCUGAUGAAAUUCUUGGAUCAGGACAAUUUGGAAUAGUUUAUGGCGGUAAGCUGUCGCUGUAUUUCUUCCAUUGAAAUAUAUCUAUUUCUGAGCUUAUUUAUCACGUGAAUUGUUCAAAGUGGAAAUACAGUACUGCGGUUUUACUUGAGUAGCAGUUCAAAGUAGCUAGACUCGGUUCAUGAUGAAUUUAAACUAGCUACUGUAAUUUUCAAGGAGCAGUUGAAGCACUCUAUUUUUGCCCACUGAAAAGAAUCUGAAUGAAGUCAUUAACUGUAAACCUCAGAGUUUACUAUUGACCAUAGUUAAUAGUUUGGAGUCAGGUUAUGAAGCCCGUCAGACUCCUUUGUUCUAUGUUUUUGUGUACCUGACGGUGCACAAUUGCAACGUUCAAUAGCGUUCCUAUCAUUGUAACCUUACUGACCAAUAAACUCUUCGCGUAAAUUUAUUCGGUCACAAUUUGCCAACAGAAAACAAAGGUGAAAGUGAAGAAUGAUCAUCGCAGUAAAUUUUCCAAUUUAAGCAAUUGGAAAGAAGAAGCUUGAAAAAAUCAGGGCCCUGAUUUUUUCAGGCUUCUUCUUUCCAAUUGCUUAAAUUGGAAAAUUUGCUGCGAUGAUCAUUCUUCACUUUCAUCUACAACCGCAGUUCAAAAAUGAAUUAUUUCAUAUAUACUUCACAUCAGAAAGCAAAUGAUUGUGUACCUUCAUGGAGCUUCCAACAUAAACUGCAGCACCGUGGUUUUUAUCUUUGAUGCUUGUUGUGAUUCAUAAAGCGUCUCCUCUAGUAACUAUGUUUUGACUUAAUACCAUUGCAGUUUACUCUAUACCAGUGUAGGGUAAUUAGUUAAGUAACAGGGCUGUCAAAAAGUUUUUCUGUAGCAGGCUGAUAAUGAAUAGUAGGCGGCUUUGGAACUCGCACCACAGGCACAAGUUUUUGAGGGCCGAGGCAUCUAGGGACAUUUUGAAAUUUAGAGUCUUGGAAAUCGCGUCUCCAGGGGUGUUCAAUAGGUAUUUUCCACCGCGGACGCCAUGAUGUUUCGUCGGAAUACACGCAAGACUGGCAGCAAUGCCGUCGAAAUGUCCCAGGCGUUCCACGACGUCGCACGGUUCGAACGUUUCACAGAUCUGAAGCUGUUUAAAUAUGCGUUCAAUGUCAUUCAAAACUGGGAAACGGAUGCUUUACAAUUUUAUUCGAUUGGUGCUUAUUUUUUUUAGCAGUUAUGACUCACUUAUGGUGGAAGGAGAUGAAAGUAGCCUGCUAAGGAUGGNAAUUGGAAAAUUUGCUGCGAUGAUCAUUCUUCACUUUCAUCUACAACCGCAGUUCAAAAAUGAAUUAUUUCAUAUAUACUUCACAUCAGAAAGCAAAUGAUUGUGUACCUUCAUGGAGCUUCCAACAUAAACUGCAGCACCGUGGUUUUUAUCUUUGAUGCUUGUUGUGAUUCAUAAAGCGUCUCCUCUAGUAACUAUGUUUUGACUUAAUACCAUUGCAGUUUACUCAAUACCAGUGUAGGGUAAUUAGUUAAGUAACAGGGCUGUCAAAAAGUUUUUCAGUAGCAGGCUGAUAAUGAAUAGUAGGCGGCUUUGGAACUCGCACCACAGGCACAAGUUUUUGAGGGCCGAGGCAUCUAGUGACAUUUUGAAAUUUAGAGUCUCGGAAAUCGCGUCUCCAGGGGUGUUCAAUAGGUAUUUUCCACCGCGGACGCCAUGUUGUUUCGUCGGAAUACACGCAAGACUAGCAGCAAUGCCGUCGAAAUGUCCCAGGCGUUCCACGACGUCGCACGGUUCGAACGUUUCACAGAUCUGAAGCUGUUUAAAUAUGCGUUCAAUGUCAUUCAAAACUGGGAAACGGAUGCUUUACAAUUUUAUUCGAUUGGUGCUUAUUUUUUUUAGCAGUUAUGACUCACUUAUGGUGGAAGGAGAUGAAAGUAGCCUGCUAAGGAUGGCGAACUAGCCGGCGGUUUUGGCCGGCUAUAUAUCGGCCCUUAUUGACAACCCUGCAGUAAGGCCGUUUUAUGGUUCAUCGAUUGAUACAUCUCCCAGCUGGUACACAAGCAGUGGUUUGUCAAUUUUGCAGGCCGUACUGAACUGUAUGGCCUGCUAAAUUUUGAAAUUUUUUUUUCCCGCGCGCCCGAUUAAUAUCAUAUCGUAAUUAUUGUACUAACGGGAAAACAAAAUCGGUCUGUAACUUACAGUGCGGACCUCAUACUCGGUUAGUAAGAGGUAUAUACAUGUAUUUCACAAGUCAGUUUCAUAUUUAUGAUUAAAAUGUGAAUUCUUCUUAGUGACAUACAACUAAUUUUUUUCAUAAAUGAAAUCUUUGCUAAGAUUUAUUUUUUGCCUUUUAUAGGAGUUCAUCGUGAGAGUGGGCGAGAUGUGGCUAUCAAAGUUAUUGAUAAACUUCGUUUCCCCACCAAACAGGAAGCUCAAUUAAAGAAUGAAGUCGCGAUUCUCCAGGCUAGUAGCAAUUAAGCUGCGAUUACACUUCCGGAUUUCUACGUUGCUCUUAAAUAAAUGCCGAGAGACAACUGAAAGUAAAGCGAUGGCUAAAAUGGCAAUGUUUUGCAUCCCAGGUCACUCUGUAGCUCGAAUGUAGUACAUUGAAGGGGCUAUUUCAAUCUGUUUGCUAUAUUCUUUAUAGUUAAAACUGUUUUUCACAUCAAUUGAGUUAGUAAAAUAAUGGUCCCGUGUUAUUAUUUAAGAUAAUAAUUAGGCAUCGAAACGUUUCCUGUCGUCUACUGCAACGGAUGGCGAGGCCGAUGGACAUGGAUUGAGACUCAAGUUUUAAUGCUAUGCCUACAAAAAUUAUCGAAAAAAUUACUAUACUUUGUGCCCUCUGACGAACAUCGCACUCCGCUUAUUGAUGUAUCUGUGGAUGAGUGCCGAUGUUCGACAAACUCUUCUUGAUUGCGCUUACUUACCUAUUCAGUCGGGAGAUUUAGCAAAGACAACGCCACGACUGUUUGGACCGCGUGCGUGGAUCUUAAAGCCGACUUGACCAAUCACGAAGUAGCAAAUUGAUUACCAGAAGUCGCGUUCAAUCCUGAUCUAGCAACAAGAUCUCCUCUUAUCUUGUCGCCUUUUUCGUUUUCUCAUUUGACGUUGCGUUGUCUUUACAAAAUUUGCCUAAUAUUAACUUGAAAGAUCAGGAACUGUUUGCUCGCUUAUUUGUGCCGCCUUUUUAAAGGUUUUUGUCAACCUCUUUCCUACGCCAGAAGCGCUGUGCGAGUGAGCGCAGGAGGCUUGGCAACGAACGCGAUGGCGCGUUCGUUCCAGGCGAAUUCACGCGACACGCUUAACGGGUGACGUCAUAUCCGAACUCGCCAAGGGGAACUGCGAACGAGGCUGCUUUUUUGCGUGAGGUUGCCGUACACGGCGUAGUGCUGCUGAUUGUGGGUUUGCAUUGAUGACUGUUACCGGCGCCGAAACCCACGGAAUAGCCAAAAAGCUUUGACUAGAAGUGUAGCUUGGGAUCGGCAUGUCAAGUAACUAGUUUGUAUUUAUUUUACAGCACGUUAAACAUCCCGGUGUUGUGGGCUUAGAGAAAAUGUUCGAGACACCUGAAAGAGUAAGUAUGUUCAGGAAAACUCAUUGUCAUACAUCACCAUACCCAAACACAAUGAAACAUGAAAUUGCAUAAAGCAAAGAUGAAUUCGCCACUUUAUAAGCGACCAGGGGACUGGAGCCGAAAUUUUGCUCCGCGAUUGUUUCUGGGAUUGUUACUUGGGAGGCGCUAGUCAGCUAUUGGCCAAUUUUUUCUCCUUGCCCCAGAGGCCUUUGCGAAAGUGAACUCGUCCCAGUUUCCUUAUCGUUCAACCCUCUUAGUCCCAAGAGUGACGAAAAUCAAUUUUCCCAUAACAAUAACCAAUCAAUUAAGGUUUCUGGAAAACUGCCCACCUACCCCUCCCCUAACCCAACAUUUUGCCCUAAGUGAGAAGUAAGUGUUAAUGUUGACUUAGGGAAGGGGUAGGUGGGCAGUUUCCCAGAAACCUAAAUUGACCCUGAAAAUCAAUACAUAGUAAAGAGGGAAUGAUGCAAGAAUUAAUAAAGUGAUCAGCUGACAGAAAAUGCUUUGAUCUUCAAAACAAAUUCUCUCAGCUAAUUGUCAAGGAAAUAUAUGGAGACCGGUCUGGAGAAUUUGGUUUUUGAUACUGGAGCUAAAAGGGGUUAAAAACCACAACAAGUAGACUUCUCAACGAUGCAUUUGGCGAGAGCUCCUCUAAUAUUAGUGGUAAUCAUCUUGUUUGUCUGGUUUAGGUAUUUGUCGUUAUGGAAAAAAUGAAAGGUGACAUGUUGGAGCUUAUCUUGUCAAGUCCUAAAGGCCGACUAGACGAAAGAUUCACAAAAUUCCUUAUAACUCAGGUACGAUAACAGACGAUAGACUCCCCAGACCAGUCCUAUAGUGGUGUGCCUCGAUACUAUACUGAGACUACCAACCCGAUCUGACGCUUAAGGAAUUUUCUUUGUCUCGCGCUCAUGGCACGACGAAUAUCACAUUCUUAUAUAUUUCGUCUCACUCUUGAUAAUGAUCAUUAGGAAGAAACAGGGAACUUAAGCAACGGCGACGGCUACGAAAACGUCGCUUAAAAAGUGGAUUCGCGCUACUUCAAACUUUAUGGCACUUAUUCCAACUCGUUUAAUUCGUCAAAUGUUGGCAAAUUUUGCUAGGGUUGAAUAGUAAGAGACUGUAUCAAAAAUUAAGGAAAACUGAGAUAAAGAGAGCGAUUGUCGUGUGUUCCCGUCCUCGACUCAACGUGAAAUUAGGCACUUUCACGUUGUAGUCGCGUAGCGACGGCAAAGAAAUGUACAAAAAGGGGUGACGCACGUGCAAAGUUGUUGUUUUGCUAUUAUAAACCAAUUGCUCUUCUGCUGUUCUCGUUACCGUCACCGUCGUCGUUGCUUAAGCUCCCUAAUGAUACGCUGGAACGUAAAAAAUAUUUGCGUCGAGACAUUUCAGCCAAAUCACUUGGCUUUCAUCACUCGAAAGUUAAUUCAAGGUUACAUAGCGGUCUUGUGACCUCAGAUCGGUCACAUGAUAGGAGAAUUGCAUCAUGGAUGUUUGUCAGUUCUAGCCCUCCAUCGCCGCUAACAGAGGGACGUGUUCUUUUAAUAUCCACAGCCUCCUAGAUCUUCCUUUUCAGAGUGUUGUCUUCCGCGAGUAUAACCUUCACGUUAUUAGGUGUGAUGGGAUGACCUGAUGUAGAGCAAUGUUCUUGUAUUGCAGACGAUGUUUUAGGUCAUGACGAAAUAUAUCAAGCCAGUGGUGGAUCCAGGGGAGGGGCCCGCUGCCCCACCCCCCCCCCCGAAGGUCUGGAUCCGCCACUGUAAGCAUGAGACGCAGUGUUUCAUCACAAGAUGAAACACGGAGAAGAGAGUUGAAAAUACCUUGGCCGCGGAGUAUUUUUUACGAACUUCUUCUGGUGAUGAAACACUUUGUCGAAUGCUUGAUAUAAGUUCUCCAAACAAUUUACUUUAGAAGGAGAAAUUAAGAAUGCAAAAAUGAGCAGUUUUUCAUCUGAUUUCCAAACACUCAUUAAACAUGAUAAUGAUGUUCGAAUCAUCGAAACUUCUUAAGUUUCAAAUUUUCUUGCUGACUGCUUCAACAAGCAACUGACCAUUGGGUCUUCUUUGGUAUUGCAGAUUUUAGUAGCUCUGAAAGAUCUUCACGCCAGAAACAUCGUUCACUGUGACCUAAAGCCCGAGAAUGUGUUACUAUCUUCAGAUACCAAUGAAUGUGGCUAUCCUCAGAUUAAACUGUGCGACUUCGGUUUCGCUCGUAUAAUCGAAGAGAAGUCGUUCCGUCGAUCUGUGGUGGGAACACCAGCUUACCUUGCACCCGAGGUCCUGCUUAAUAAGGGGUACAAUAGAUCGCUGGAUAUGUGGUCGGUUGGUGUCGUCUUGUAUGUAAGGUAGGUCUCGAUAUUACUGUGCCGUGGAUUAGUAAAAGUCAAGAGCACAGUUAAUCGGAACUCAUAGUUGUUAUUUCUGAAAAUUCUUUUCAAGUCGGUAAAAGUAAGGUGAAGUUAGCCUGCCGACAGCCGCCCCUACCCUUAAACAAAAUCGGGGAUUUUUUUAUGAGAGAAGUAGGGUGGAGAUGGGGGCUGUAAAAAGGCUAGGUUGAGUCUGCAUUCGAGCCAAGUGGCUCACUAGGCCGGAGCGUAAUCCGGUUUUGCAAGUAUUAAACGACUAAGGAUACUUCAAUCCCCUCGGUCGGGUUGCCUGUGCUUGUACUGAUAAUGAUAAAUACAGCUGGGUUCACUCUGGGGGUUGAAGUGUCUUGCCCAAUGAGUGAUGACACAGCACAAUGUCCCUGCAAAGUCUAGUGCACUUGGCACUGGUUCAAAGCGCCUCAGAUCCUUAUAUUUGUGGAGGAAGCAUGGCCGAGCGGUUAGAGCGCUAAAAUUGUAAUGCCAAGUCCCCGAGUUCAAUUUCCUCCCUGACUGCUAGCUGGAUUUGUUCUCAACAGUUCCGAGUUCAACUUUUUAGUCACAUCUGUAAAUAGCCAACUGGUUUGCCUCUGGCCAGUUGGGAUUCUUAACCUUGUGGGCCACAAAGAAAACCUUUGGUUCGCUAGUGAAUGUGUUACCGCUUUUCUAGUUAGGGUUUUUAAGUCAGGGUAUAGUUACCCUAUUUAGAGGUGUUCUUUACUUUUUUCUUCAGUUUAAGUGGUACUUUCCCGUUUAACGAAGAAGAAGAUAUACAAGAUCAGAUUCACAAUGCUGCCUUCAUGUACCCACCGGAUCCAUGGCAGGAGAUUUCAGCUAAUGGUUUGUGAAAUUAUAUAGACAUCAUGAAGCGUCCACUCUCUCGGUCCUAAAUCUCUUUUUCUCAGUGUCGCAGUGUCAGUGUUCGUAUCGUUAUUUAAUAUUGUUUUGUGCCAGACAGUGAUCCCUAACUGCACAGAAAAUUUUUUGCUUCCACUUCAUUUCGAUUACGAAAACUUUUGAACACUGUCCCAGUGCGGCAGUCUUCAAAACUGCUGUCUGGUGGUUGCAAUGCACCGUUUCAUGGCUAGUCAGCGAGAAUGAUGCUUUCACAAGCAAAAGCGCAUUAAUUUAGACGAAUGGUAGUUUCCUACGCAGCCCGUAAUUUGUGACGCCACGCCACGCUCUUCCUGACAACGGCUGCGCGAGAGAUUAAACGAAUAGUUCGGGAUCUGCGUUCAGUAACUCUCCCCCACCCUUUUUUAGUUUCAGCUCCGUCCUCACACACUCUCUCUUUCAUUUUUGUAAAGUGCAUCCUAUAGAGUUGUGUCUAUUGAUCUUGGCCGUCGCUUCCCCCCUCCCCCCCCCCCCCCGAUCCAUCCACUCCCCCAAAUAAUCCCAUAAGUUAUUGCGCGGCUUCUUUCCACCCAGGAUUCCACUCUUUUCCAGUAUAUUAUUUGUUCUCUGAAUCUUACCCAGGGUUCCCCGGGGUGUCUUGUUCAGUGACUGGUCGUUGGGGAAAAAAGUGGAAGUGGAAUCGGGAAGAAAAUGAUUGGUCAUCGUUUUAUAUUGCUGUUUGGUCUAACACCAAGUGAUUUGGUGUUCCAAUUGUGUGUUUCACCGGCUAACUGUCACCAUUUGCGUCCAUGACAAAGUCGCGUUGCCAUUAAUUCAAUUUUAUUAUACAGUGGAACUCCCUUAAGCGGCCACCCAAGAUGUCGUGAAUUGCCGGACACUUAAAGGGGCUGUGUCACGGCAGUCCACUUAUUUUGUUUAAUUUUAACAAUUUCUCCCCCUCAGUAGCUAUGGAACUUAAAGUAAGCAAAGAAAUUACAUGUAAAUGACAAAAUCAGAGAUCCGAGACCAACAAAUAUGUCUCCUGAGCAUUAUUUUUGAAGUUGCAAGCAGCAGGGAUCAACUUUAAAAACUGUUAGGCUGAACAGUUUUCAAAAACCCUAAUUUCAAUCCGUAUCAAUCCUCUUCAGUUUUGCCCAUCCGUGGCAACUGUUGUUUCUGAUAUGUUAUUUUAACCUUCCUUUAAAGUUUUAAGCGGUUAUUUUUAUGUUUCUCUUAAUUUAACGGGCAUUUUGUAAUUUCCUAAUUGGGCUGACUUUCGUGACACAGCUCCUUUAAGGGAGGUGGUCCUUUUACGAUAGGUUCCUACUAUAGAGUCAUAGUCUUUUAUGAGAAACGGUCCCUUAAAAUGGUUGUUUCAACUGUCUUGGUACUGACACGUCUUGUAUGAAUACGAGGUCAGUUCAUGUUGCAACAAUAUCUUCUUUUUCUUUCCAGCUAUUGACUUAAUUAACAAUCUCUUACGGGUCCAACAACGCUGUCGAUUCACGUGCGAUAAGUCGCUUAUUCACGCGUGGCUCCAGGUAAAUAACCACCACGUAAUUCUCUGUCAAUGGUUAUAAUGAACUGUUACUUCAAAGCUUAAUGGGCUAAACAAUUCUGAUUGUUGAUCAUAUGUAGAAAUCUGUUCAUUGAAAAGUGAACACUUAUUAGUUCCUCAAUAUAGAUGUCAAUCAAAGGGUUUUUUUGCGUGACGCGGUGUCCGUUUUCGGUAGAAAAGAAAAGGGUACUUUUGGUGUCACUUCUCGUUAAAAAUGCACUUUAUUUUAGUGCCAAUAAGUUUAGCUCGAAAGUACUAAUUGGGGACACUAUUUUUACGUUCCCUAUUGGAGACGGGACCGCCAUUUCACGUGGUCAUCCGAGCCACACGAAGGUGUAGCCGCGUGCAGUGCAAAGGCAGUACCAUCAUUUCUCAGUUAUUUUAAGACCCAGAGUGUUGGUUCGGUCCCGGAAGUCUAACCCGCGACCUCCCGCUAUGCAAUCAGGCGCUCUACCAUCUGAGCUAAUCCUGCUGCGGUUAACUGUUUAUGUUGUGCUGGUAACUAACCAGUCAUUGAACUGAGUGUUCAAUGCAACUUUCUUCUUUGAAAUCAUCUUAUUCUUUUUCAGGACUUCCAGACCUGGCUGGACUUGAGGAGUCUGGAAGGUGUUGUUGGUGAGCGUUACCUUACACACGAAAGCGAUGACGCCAGAUGGCAAGAGUACAGUGAACAACUCCAAGCGAGUCAACACAGAGAACCAGCGCGGGAAACAACGCGGCCGACCAAUAACAGAUUUUUCCCGCCAAUGUCACCAACAGAACGCAGGCUGCAAACGAGUAUAAGCUUUUUGUGAGACAGUGGUGCUCGCAUUUUUAAUGAAUUGGUAUUAAUGUAAGGGGAUUUAAACGUUUUAUCGCUCAGGAGACAGGCAACUUUAAUGGUGUGAUCUAAGCCUUUCGCUGUCAGGGCAAAAAUUUAGAACAGCGAUGUGGCUUCUACUAUUGUUUCAGUGGAUGAAAUCCUUAAGUGUGAAAGCUAGUGAGCAGACCUUUCCUCUGGUGCUGUUUAUUAUGCUGUACAAGGUGGUUCUGACUUUUGAGUGUGUGGCUUGAAUCCUAUUGUGUGACUAUUGUGUGGUCAUAGAUAAAAACAUUCUUGUGCAACGAAAUGAAUUGAAACAAUUAAUAUUUACGGUCUGGCAAAGCCUUAUGGCCAGAACUGAAAGCUUGCGUAGAACAGCUUCCCUAAAAUCACUUUUGAGCGAAAACGCACGGGGAGCGGGGAGGGUGGGUUGGAAUUUUAUCUACGCGAUUUUAUAUUUUUCCGUAAAUUCACCUAAAAAUGUUCGAUGUUGUAAUUGUAAUAAUAGGUAAUUAAUUAAUGAAUUAAUUCCAAAACGCCAAGUUACCCAACAAUAUUGUAUUUUAUCAAAUUUGUCAGUGAAUAAUUUUAAGAACAGCAACGUAGUAACAGUCGUAAGUUAUUUGUAGUUUUGUCUUUAAAAGAAGAUGAGCAAUUUCACGUUUUUGUACAGUUGAAGAAGGGUGUAGGAAUUUUCCUGACAGUGGAAAACGUAUUAAUACUAAAGGAACUUUUUGUUCGCCCCAUGGAAGGGAUUCCAAGACAGUUGGAUUCUGGAUUCCACGGGGUGGAUUCCGGAUUCCAGGUACUUUGCAGGUGGAACUUGGAUUCCGGAUUCCAAUCGUUAAUAUCAUUCCGGAUUCCUUAAGAUGUAUUCUGGUUUGCAAAGCUCAGGAUUACGGACUCCACCAGCAAAAAUGUCCUGGAUUCCGGAUUACACUAGCAAAAUUUACCGGAAUCCGGAAUCCGCAUUCCCUUACACAGGGCGAUUUUAUCUACCAGCUCCGAUAUUGUGCAAGCGUAUAGGUUGAGAAAACCUUUUCGACGAACUCGUUUUGACGAGUGUGAACCUCACAAAAACCAUAUUGACAGAGUGUGGUAAACUAAUUUGGUAUGUUGGUGCAGUGUAUUGUUCAACUAAUGUUCCUACGCGAGAAGACUACACGGUCAUAUGCUUAGCUGUAAAUCCUCUGCAAUUUGGUCAAACCGGAGGGGGGUUUUAGUACCAUAGAAUGUGAUAAAAGGUCACAAACGUUUUUCUUACUGAUGUUAUGACAGUAGAUGUCUUUAUGGUUGUGUUUGGUAAUUUUUUUUAAUGAAAUUACCCAUAUUGCUAUGCGUCGCGAAGGGUUUUCGACAUUUGAUAUACUAAAAUUCAUACUUGUCUUCGAGGUUUGGGGCCGAUAAAACGAACAAAAAAAACCGUCGUGAAGUUAAGGGAUAAAUAACACAUUCGUCUAAGCCUCAGAACUAAGCAUAAAUUUUAAUAUAAACUGAUCUUUUGAAAUAGCUGUAUGCGAAGAUCAUGCCUGCUAACAGAAGAGUCGAAACCGGUUUGUCGAGUAAAUACGGCAUAACGUUUAGUUAGAGUACCGAGGCGCAAUGGUGGGGUCUGGAACUAAGACAUAAGGGUUUUUUUAAUUCACACCCAUCAAGGCCGACCUUUCUUUCAAGAGAUUGAAGCCGAAUUAAAGCUACAGUAAAUUAAGCCACAAAAACGUGCAACCUGUUUUGCAAUACUGCUGCAAAACGAGCUAAAAGGCUAUCUUGCGCAUUUUACCAACCACGAUCAAAAAUGUCUUGCGACAAAUCAAGUUUUUGCAAGUUGCGUGAAUACUGAAUUCAGGUAAAGUUUAGUUAGAGUACCAUCAAAUUACGCGGGAGUAACGCUGCAGACGGGAGUUAGGUCAGUUGUUACAAAAAAAGUUUGCCUUGAACCGGUAAAACGCGCUAAGGUAACUACAGAUUUUGUAGCAAAAGUAGAACUACUUUCUACCGUCUGCAAGAACUUUUUUCAUCCUGAUUUGUUGCAAGGUAGGUUUGAUUCGAGGGUGGUAAAACGCGCAAUAUCGCUAUCCAACUCGUUUU